AUGCAGGCGGAGGAUGUCUGCUGCAGCUCUACGUUUGAUCCGCUGUCGGAGGUUGAGUACAGCAGGGCCUCCCGGAGUGAAGAAAGUGCUUCAGUGGAAACAUUUCAGGAAGUUUGCUAAAGUAACUGGCGCGGUUGUGUUUGGGGGCUGUCUUUUUAUCACCUACGAAGUGGAGGCCUUGCACAAGGCUGUGACCAUCGACACUCGCGCGAUCCUUAAGGAGAAGUACAAGUCUUACAUCUAUCUGAGAGCCACUCCCUCCGACGAAAAGGAGAACUUAACUGCAGGGAUCACACAGAAAGCAAGGAGGGAACUUCAUAAGGCAGCAAGGCGGUUUCUGGAAAUAUCAUCGAGACUUUUGCUGCAGUCACUAGAUGAACACUUUAGCCAUGUGGAUGCAGACCCACAUGAGGUGGCACUGUGGGUCUUACUAAAGAGGACACAGUCGGCCAAUAAAACCACCAGACUACAGGCUGUGCAUGAGCUUGCAGAAAAUCACCACUGGCACGACUACCAGUACCAGACAGCAGCGCAGGUUUUAGAUCAACGAACAGCAGUGGGCUUGGCCCGGACUCCUCAGGUGGACCUUCGCUUCUUCCUGCGCACACCUGCACUGCCUGACCUGGACGAUGGUUUGUCGGUUGAGGAUGAACUGAGGCAGCUGCUAGGGUCUCUGCCUCAGUCUGAGGUGGACAAAUGUGUUCAGUACUUCACCUCGCUGGCCCUCAGAGAGAGCACCCAGUCCUUGGCAGCACAGCGGGGUGGUUUGUGGUGCUUUGGAGGUAAUGGGUUGCCCUACGCCCAGAGCCUCACCUCUGUUCCCUCUGAAAAGGUGGAAUCCUUCUGCCUGCAAGCCCUGGUGCAGCACUCAAAGGUCCAGAGCCAUUGUGACCACAUAGUUGCCAACGGGGGCCUGCAGCUCCUCCAGAGAGUUUAUCAGCUUCGCAGAGACUCCCUGAAGAUUCAGAGGAACAUUGUUCGUAUCAUAGGAAAUUUGGCACUCAAUGAGAGCAUUCACCAGGCCAUAGCCCAGUCUGGAUGGGUGUCUGUCCUGGCUGAGAUGAUGCAAUCUCCUCAUGUCAUGCAGGCCUCUCAUGCAGCCCGUGCCCUGGCCAACCUGGACAGGGAGACAGUAAAAGAGAAAUAUCCAGAUGGCAUCUAUAUUCUCCACCCACAAACACGUGGCAACCAGCCAAUCAAAGCAGAUGUGCUCUUCAUCCAUGGUAUUCUUGGGGCAGCCUUUAAGACAUGGAGGCAGAAGGACCGCAUUAUGUUAGCGGAAGAGAAGGAAGCACAAAGCACGGACGACUACACAGAGUGCUGGCCAAAGUCAUGGUUGGCUGCUGACUGUCCAAAUCUUAGAGUACUGUCAGUGGAGUAUGACAGUCACCUCAGUGACUGGAUGUCCAAGUGUCCCGCUGAGAAUCAGAGGAAAUCCUUGGCUUACAGAAGUCAAGAGCUGCUAAUGAAGUUAAAGCUGGCUGGAGUUGGAGAAAGGCCUGUGGUCUGGGUAGCUCACAGUAUGGGAGGAUUGCUUGUGAAGAAAAUGCUGCUUGAUGCCUCAGAAGAUCCAGAUAUGCAGGGACUAAUAAAGAACACCAAGGGCAUCAUGUUCUACAGUGUUCCUCACCACGGCACCUCCAUGGCGGAGUACUCUGUCAAUGUCAGAUAUCUUCUUUUUCCCUCUGUAGAAGUCAGAGAGCUUUGUAAAGACUCACCAGCACUGCGCAACCUGAAUGAGAACUUCCUGAACAUGGCCAAAGAAAAGGAAUUCAAUGUUCUGAGCUUUGCAGAGACGCUGCCAACAAACAUCGGCCCCAUGAUCAAGAUACUGGUGGUACCGACACAGUCAGCAAAUCUCGGCAUUGGGGAACUCAUUGAGGUGAAUGUAGAUCACCUCAACAUCUGCAAGCCAGAGAAGAAGGACUCGUUUCUGUACAAGCGCAGUCUCCAGUUCAUCCAGGAAGCACUGCAGCGCUACAUCAGGCGCUGACUGAAGUGUAUGAACACAAACACGCUGAUACAACCUACUGUUUACUUGACAUGGGGCAGAGCUCUGUCACGCACCCCAAACCAAAUAGAAACAUACUUGCCUCUCCUUGAUAUUCAUUGACACAAACAACCACUAAUGUGAUCAUAGUAUAAUUAGAGAGAUUAAAUUUAUUUACACAUUGCAUUCUGUGAAGAAUUAUUACUUGUGGUGAAAGAAAUCUGGUGCUUAUUUUGUCCUCCUUGUCCUCCUGUUAUAUUGGUCUCUCACCAGUAAGUCGCAAAUUUUACAGAUGACUUGAAUUUUUUUAAGACUUAAUUACAACACGUACAAGUAAGUUCAGAUAGUGAAAAUUUAUGCUAUUUCCAUUUCAUCUCAGACUCACCAGUUUAAUAUAUAGAACAUAAUGCUCUUAAUACAGUAUAUUUCCUUAAAGAUGCACUGACAUGUCCUUACCACUCAUGCUCCCCAGUGUUUGACCAGAGCGAUGAUGACUUAUGAUUUUAUUUUUUAUAACUAUGUAUUAUAUUCUAACUAUACUAUGAAAGUCAUAUUGUCUGCCAAAGCACAUGAACCUUCAUGAACCUUACCUCAAAGUAUUAUUAUUUCAGGUUGCUUUAUUUAUUUGAGUCGGACUAAACAAGGAACUGGUUUUUAAUCUCCACAUUUGUUGUACAAAAUGCUAUUAGCAAUGCUGACCAUGAAUAAAUGUAUGAAGUUGGA